UGCAGGCCGGCUGGGAAAGCAUGGAGGUCCACGGUGAGCUUAGCGCCAGCCCCAGCUCAAGCUGUUCGUCGUCCACCCGGAACUGCUCGGGGGCCUCCGUGUCCAGCGAGCUGCUGACAGCGGGGAGCCAUGGCCGAGGAGGUAUAUGGGACAGGUUACUCAUCAACUCCAAGCCUAACUCCAGAAAGGCCUCCACUCUUCAGACAGUUCGGAUAGAGAGGAGCCCGUUGUUAGACCAAGUUCAGAACUUUCUCCCCCAGAUGGCCCAGGCAAAUGAGAAACUACGGAAAGAAAUGGCUGCUGCUCCACCUGGUCGCUUCAAUAUCGAGAGUCUCGAUGGGACUCUCGGGAAAGUGAUACAGAUGGAUGUGGCCUUAUUUGAGAUGGAUCACUCAGAUUCAAAAGAAAUGGACAGUUCAGAGGAGAGUUCACAAGAGAGUUCAGAGGACAGUUCAGAAUCUGAGGAUGAAGAUGACAGCAUCUCGYCUGAAGUUACCAUAGAUAACAUUAAGCUUCCUAAUUCAGAAGGUGGAAAAGGCAAGAUUGAAGUGUUGGACAGUCCAGCAAGUAAAAAAAAGAAACAGUGAAGAAAUUGAUCUGAAAAGAAACAGGUGGUGUAUAUCUGCUAAUUCUGUGAAAAAGAAUGUGGUUCACUGGCUGUUUUACAUUUCUGAAGCUGAUAGUGUUCUUAUGUGUUGAAAGAAAAACUUUAGACGAA